GUUGCUCAGUCCUGUAUGGUCAAGUGUAUGGCUACGAGGAUACCACAGCAGCGCCAAAUAAUACACAGAAUCGAACAUUUUCUUAUCACUUCAGUUCACUAAAGCUUUUUGCCAGCAAUUCAGGUACAAAGUUCUGAACUAAUUUUACUAAAGAUUGUGUUUAAUGUUUAACCAGAGACACUAAGUCCACUAUUUUUUUCUGUUUCUUUUGUAAUUUGUCAAAAAUACUGCUGUGAAGAAUAUGUUAUAUUGUUCUUUAACUGAAUUUAGCGUCCCGGGUCUUAAAUUUUCUGCUAAAUUAUAUUGAAAAUGCAAGUUUUAAGUAUGUGGUCCUUAAAAGGUGGCCUCUGCAUAGUGCCCCAGUUGGAUGUUGAAGUGAAUUCCCUUUAUUUUUCAAGUAUAAAGAGGAGGAGGAGGAGAAAAAGAUACAGUCUUUUUGAUAAUGAUUAUCAUGGUACAAGUUCAGAUGUUUUAAUGGUUUCUAGUAAUUUGAGAUGUGGUAGAAUUGGAAGUUGUUUGAGCUUACAAUUUGAUGUGAAAAGACUGAAAUUUGUGCUCUUUUGUCAACCAAAGAAGGGUUCUUUUAGGUCAUCUGUGGCCUUUGCUUGUGCAUUGGAAAAACAAGAAAUUGAGGGUGAAUUUCGUAAAGUAGAAUCUAGUAUCGAUGAUGGUUUGUCCGGGAAUAGUGAUAAGGAUGAUGUUGGUUCUCGUAGUUUAGAUAGAGUAGAAGAUAGUUAUGACGAUAAUAAUUGCGAAGAAGAGAAUAGAGAGUUAGAUUUUAGAAGUGAUGAAGAAGAAGGUAAAUAUAAGUAUAGGAGGAUUGAUGUUCGCAAUCUAGCUUGUAGCUUGCAUUCUGCUAAAACGGCAGAUGAUAUAGACGAGGUUCUUAAAGACCAGGGUGAAUUGCCGCUUAAAGUUUACUCAUCUAUGAUUAAGGGUUUCGGCUGGGAUAAGAAAAUGGAGUCCGCCCUGGCUCUCGUUGAGUGGCUCAGGAGAAGAAAGGAACUUGGUGGUCAUGCUGGUCCAAACCUUUUUAUUUAUAACAGCUUAUUGAGUGCAGUGAAAAAGUCUGAACAAUUUGAAGAAACGGAUAAAAUCUUGAAUGAUAUGGCUGAAGAUGGAAUAGAUCCUAAUGUGGUAACUUAUAACACUUUGAUGGGUAUUUAUGUAGAGCAGGGAGAAGCUACGAAGGCCCUUGAUAUUCUUGAGGAGAUACAUAAUAAGGGCUUUACCCCGACUGUUGCUUCUUAUUCCACUGCUUUGCUGGCUUAUCGAAGUAUGGAAGAUGGGCAUGGAGCUCUCGCAUUCUUUAUAGAUUUCAAAGAGAAGUAUCUAAAAGGUGAGAUUGGAAAAGAUUCUAAUGAGGAUUGGGAAAAGGAGUUCGUUAAGCUCGAAAACUUCAUUAGUCGUAUUUGCUACCAAGUGAUGCGGAGGUGGCUUGUUAGGAAUGACAAUUUUAGCACCAAUGUAUUGAAACUGCUAGCAGAUAUGGAUAAAGCUGGGUUUCAGCCGAGUCGAGCAGAGUAUGAGCGCCUAGUGUGGGCUUGCACCCGCGAAGAUCAUUAUAUUGUUGGAAAAGAAUUGUACAUUAGGAUCAGAGAGAGAUAUUCUGAAAUAAGCUUAUCAGUCUGCAACCAUCUAAUUUGGUUGAUGGGAAAGACUAAAAAAUGGUGGGCAGCUUUGGAAAUUUAUGAAGACAUGUUAGACAAAGGACCGAAUCCGAAUAACUUGUCUUCUGAGUUGAUUGUUUCUCAUUUUAAUGUCUUACUUACUGCAGCUAAGAGAAGAGGAAUUUGGAGAUGGGGCGUUAGGUUAUUAAACAAGAUGGAAGAUAGAGGCCUUAAGCCGGGAAGUAGGGAAUGGAAUGCAGUUCUUGUUGCUUGUUCCAAGGCUUCGGAAACUUCUGCUGCUGUGCAAAUAUUUCGUAGAAUGAUUGAACAAGGCGAAAGGCCAACAAUUAUUUCCUAUGGUGCGUUGCUUAGUGCCCUAGAAAAAGGUAAACUUUACAUCGAGGCAGUCCGCGUGUGGGACCAUAUGCUUAAGGUCGGUGUGAAGCCUAAUGUGUAUGCUUACACAAUUAUGGCUUCAGUUUUCGCUGCACAAGGUAAGUUUAAAUACGUUGACGCCAUAAUUCAGGAGAUGGUUUCAUCAGGCAUCGAACCGACGAUUGUAACAUACAAUGCAAUAAUCAGCGGAUGCGCACAUAAUAAUAUGGGUAGUGCAGCAUACGAGUGGUUUCAUCGUAUGAAAAAUCAGAAUAUGGUACCGAACAAGAUUACGUAUCAAAUGGUGAUUGAGGCUCUUGCAAAGGAUGGUAAACCCAGGCUUGCAUAUGAACUAUAUUUGAAGGCUCAAAAUGAGAAACUUGACCUGUCUGCAAAGGCUUAUGAUGCAGUUGUGCAUUCUUCUGAGGUUAAUGGGGCGACUAUCGACGUAGAUGUUUUAGGACCUCGACCACCAGAGAGAAAGAAGAGAGUGCAAAUCAGGAAAACUUUGACAGAAUUCUGUGAUUUGGCUGGUGUUCCUAGGAGAAGCAAACCAUUUGAUCGACACGAAAUUUACCCGUCACAAGUAGAAGGAAACAAAUAACUCUGGUUCGAUUACGAACUUUGGGUUAUAACUAUAUUCAUUUGUAUCUUUGUACAUUAUCUUUGUAAGUAGCUGAAAAUAGUUGCAGCUUCUAGUAGUAAAAUUAUAGCACAAUGUUUAUUUGGCAUAAGUAACAAACAAAUCCUUGCAGUUUUUACAAAGAUGAAGUUAAACUCUUUUAUUA